GUGUGAGGAGCGCAGCUGCGCGCGCGCAGAACGCCUGGCGGGCGCGCGGCAAGAGCCAAAACGCGGGCGAGAGGCUGAGUGAGUUCGCGAGCCGCGCUUCGUGCGCAGUCGACGCCAGCUCCUUUUCCGGGCGCACUCUAGUGGCAGCUUCGGCCAAGGCCACUUUUAUGAGGCGCGAAGAACCCUGUGUAAGAGCCCGCCGGCCCCCGGGAAGUUCUUGGGUCUGAGGCUAUCAUUUGGAAGCAAUGAGUUUAAAACCCUUCACCUACCCGUUUCCAGAGACGAGGUUUCUUCAUGCAGGACCCAAUGUGUAUAAAUUCAAAAUUAGAUAUGGCAACAACAUCAGAGGGGAAGAGAUAGAGAAUAAGGAAGUCAUCGUCCAGGAGCUGGAGGAUUCUAUUCGUGUAGUCUUGGGAAACUUGGACAAUCUGCAGCCAUUUGCUACAGAGCACUUCAUUAUAUUUCCCUAUAAAAGCAAAUGGGAGAGAGUGUCCCACCUGAAAUUCAAACAUAGGGAAAUUGUCUUGGUCCCUUAUCCAUUCGUUUUCACUCUAUAUGUGGAGAUGAAAUGGUUUCAUGAAAACCCGUCACCUGGGGAGCCAAUCAACGACAGUCCUCUUGGAUUGGAGUUGGGUUCCUCUCUGAAGGUCCUAGCAGAGAGGAAAACAGGAGCCACGAUGAGGAAACGAAAACGAGCGGAAGUGCCCAGCUCCCCCAGCAGGCCAGCACUGGACAGGGCCAAGAUGGGGAUUUCCAGCCAAGGCCCCAGCAAAAAGAAGCCCCUUAUGGAAACCAGGAGGAACAGAGAAAGAAAAACCCAGCAGGAAUGGCAGGAGACCCCAACAUUUAAUAUCACUGAUACCCAGGAACAGGAUUCUAAGUGGGAGGACAGCCUAGCCGGGCGGAUUAUCCCCCCACUGCAGCAAAACAACCCAUCUCCACCUAAAGGACCCCCAGAGCUGGGAACCAGUGGCUUCUUUGGGUUUCUAAGCUCUCUCUUCCCCUUUCGCUAUUUCUUCAGAAAGAGCAGGCAGUGAACCUGCCAGAUGCAACAGUGGGAAGAGUGUCCUCUCGCAGUGACUCUUCGCAUUCCGUCCUCUGUGUAUGACAUUUCCGUCAUGGGGAAUGCAGGCCCCAAACUCCCCGAGUCCUCUUGUGGGUUUGUCCUAUCCUUUGCCCCUUUACAAUGGAUUUUUUUUUUUCUUUUCAACUUAAAACACUGAGAAAAGAACUUCCUAAAAUGUUCUAGUCUAAGAACUGGGUUGCUCUGAGGGCCAGUUUAGGUCUUUCAUCUCCAGCACUUAGGAUCGUAAUGAAAAUAAAUUAUUUAUGAAGAGUUAUUGACUGAAUUUCAUGAAAUAGAGAGACAGCAGACUCUUCCCUGAAGAUACAGGGAAGCGAUGCCUGAAACCUCUCCCCUGGGUCUACUUAGUUAUUGUUGGUGGGAUGCUUUGGGUGGGUGGGGUCUGUAGCUGACGGCAAACCUUAGCCUUAGCCUCCCCGCCAGGGCUUGAGAAUGGGGUCUUAUAAGACUCACUUUCCUGAGCCCAGCUGACCCUCAAGAUAUCAUCUAUCCCAAAUUCACCCAGUUUGGCCCCUAAGUGCACCCUCAGUAGAUAAGUGCUUUCCACUCACCUAUCCCUCUGGCUUUUGACAGUAAUGCAGUUUAGCUUCUCAGAUUAACUGCAAGUCAGCCCAGUUUAGGGGCCCUGGAGAAGACCAGGGCACCCAAGCUCUGACUUCGUGUAACCCAACGGCUGAUCUGGGACACACAGGUUAGACUUGUGUUGUGUGGCCACAGAUCAAAUAGAUGGGAAUAUAGGGAAACUCAAUUUAGCUCAGAACAAAGGAAUCUCACUGUUAUAAAUGUCCAGUAUUAGAAUGGGCCACCUUGUGAGAUGAGUCCUUGUCACUUCUAGUCUUUAAACAGAGCUGAUGGUCUGUCAGACGCUGGAAGGUUUCUGUGACGAAUGGCAGAGAUGGGGUUGGAAUGCUGAGGUCCCUUGGGGUCCCCUUGUUUGGCUGACUUACCCUGGAGGGGGAGAAGACGUGGCUGCUGUAGACAGGCCCAGGUCCUGAGGGGAGAAGGGCCGAAGGGAAACUGGAAGAUUAAGGACAAGUGUUUAUAGCCUUUGUCCUCCUGUCCCAAACGUGGCCCGUUUUACAAAGCUGCUGAAAGGCACAGCUCCAGAAUCUCGAGAUCUGAGUGCCGUUCUGACUCUGACGAGCUUACAGUGAGGCCUUGGCAAAGUCACUUUCCCCUCUGGUUUGGAUUCUCUCAUCUGAACAACGGAAGGUGGGUGGUGUGUGCGGCUGGCUCUGCCUCUCUGAGCAGAUCAGUGAGGCAGUGGCCCUGGGACGUGGGGGCCAAAUCACCAUAGGCUUCUUUCUGAUCCCUGGCCGGCCCGAGCCCAUGCAGCUACUGCUGACUAGGGAUCUUUUCCAUUUGCCACAUUCUUGCCCCAAGUGUAAUUUAGCACCACGUAUGGAGAGCAGAUUUGGCCUGACGUUAACUGUGUGGCCUUUAGUAGCUUUCCUUCUCUGAGCCUUAGCUGCUUUACCUGUAAAACCUGAGCCAGAGCUGGACUAAAAGAUGGGCUUUGCUGGUGUUGACAGCCUCAGACUGUUCCAGGAGUCAGGUCCCUGUUAUUCCAGGGACUAGGGGCAGCCGCCCUCUGUGGCUGACCCCCAGGAGGACGAGUGAAAAUGAAGCUCUAAAAUGGACUUAGAACCCCCCAUUCUCCCCAACUCUGCCACCCAGCAUAUCUCAAGGGGCCCUUACUGGUGUCAGUUCCUUUGCCCAUAAAAAUAUCCUUCCAACCCUCUUCCUGUGCAGUGGAUAAGGGACAAGCAAGAAUGAGUUUAGUGGCUUUAGGGUUGGGGUGGCAAGGCCCUGAACAGGGGAGUGUGUUGCCCAAGGUCACACAGCAGAGAAGAGAACCCUGGCGGCCACAACUCAGCCCAGUCUUGAGUCCUCUCCCCACGUGCACACAAGCCGCCCACUCCAGCAGCUCCUGGGCUUUUUUCCACAUCUCACUGCCCCCAGCCCAGGCCCUCAGGCGGCAGAAAGCGGCAGAAGCCACUCUCUGAGGACUACACCUCAGAGAAGAGCCGGAUCUCCCAGGUGGGGUUGCUCCGAGGCCUCUGCCCGGGAGGCAGGCCUGUAAGCUGAUCCCCAAGAGGGCGUGGCUCCAGGACGCUGGCAAAUAAAAAUCCGGAGAACCGGCGCUGUCUGGAGACGAGCGGAAGACCUGAGGAACCCAUUCCGCGAGCCACUCGGUUCCUGGGCUUUGGAAGUGAUCCCCAUGGCAUCCCCCCAAAUGCUGCUCCUCUGCCUCCUGGUCCUGGCGGUCACGGAAGGUUGGGGUCGCCAGGCGGCCAUCCCAGGCUGCCACCUGCACCUGCUGUACCAUCAGUGGCCUGAAGAAGGUGAGACAGCCCAGCCCAGCAGUGGCUCUUCGGGGAUGGGGAGAGACAGGGAGACGGAGAUCGCAGACGGCCCAAGGAAGGUGAAUGGAACACGGGUCCCCCUCUCCUGCAGGUGAAGGUGCAGCUGCAGUGUGGGGGGGGACCGGAGGGAGGAGCUGGAGAUCUUCACGGCCAGGGCCUGCCAGUGUGACAUGUGUCGCCUGUCACGCUACUAGCCCGUC